AUGCUGGCAAGCCGGGAGAGCCAAAAUGAGCCCCUGAACCUGGACAGCGCCACGCGGCAGUUGGAGCAGUUGGUGCAGGACACUCACCAGGCCCUGAUCCGUGACGGCAUCAUCGGCGAGAGCGAGGCGCCACAGAGCACGCCCUCCCUGGACGCGGUGGACCGGGCACUCGAGGAACUGCAGCGUGGCCUCCAGGAGAUUGACCACGUCUUGGCCAAGCCCAUGCCCGAGCCCCCGAAGUGA